UGAAUCAUCUCUCAUCAUUCACGUAAACACAAUAUUACAUAGAAAAAUACAGAAUCCAAAAUUUAAUGGAGAAGAUUGAGCACAUCACAGUAGCCACAAAUGGCAUUAACAUGCACGUAGCAACAAUCGGGACAGGCCCAGCAAUUCUCUUCUUGCAUGGCUUCCCUGAACUCUGGUACUCUUGGAGACACCAACUCCUCUGUCUCUCUUCCCUUGGUUAUCGUUGCAUAGCCCCUGAUCUUCGUGGUUUUGGAGACACUGACGCUCCUCCAUCCGUAAAUGACUACACGGCGCUCCAUGUCGUCGGAGACCUCGUCGGCCUCCUUGAUGCCUUGAAAAUCGAGCAAGUGUUUUUGGUGGGCCAUGACUGGGGGACCCUGAUAGCUUGGUAUUUCUGUUUGUUUAGACCUGAAAGAAUCAAGGCCUUGGUCAACAUGAAUGUCGUAUUCACGCCCAGGAAUCCACAAGUGAAGCCUCUGGACGGGCUCAGGGCUGUAUAUGGCGAUGAAUACUACAUCUGCAGGUUUCAGGAACCAAUAGAGGAGGAGUUUGCUGGAGUCGAUGCUGCAAAAUUGUUAAGAACUAUUUUUACAAUUCGCAGUCCUAAUCCACCUCUUAUACCUAAAGGAAUAGACUACAAAACAUUCCCAUUUCUUCUCCAGAGCUUGCCUUCUUGGCUAACUGAAGAAGAUAUCAAUUACUACGCUGCCAAAUUUAACCAGAAAGGCUUCACUGGCGGAUUGAAUUAUUACAGAUGCGUAGACCUAGACUGGGAGCUGAUGGCUCCAUGGACAGGAGUUGGAAUCAAAGUACCUGUGAAGUUCCUUGUCGGGAACCUGGAUCCAUCCUUCUAUCUUCCAGGCGUACAGGAUUACAUAGCAAGUGGUGGGUUUAAGAAAGAUGUGCCACUUUUGGAAGAAGUGGUGAUAAUGGAAGGAGUGGGCCAUUUUAUCAACCAAGAAAAAGCUGAGGAAGUCGCCCAGCAUAUUUAUGACUUCAUAAAAAAGUUCUGACCAGGAAUCCCAAUUCAUCCAUGGCUUCUACUUGAUUUUCAAAUUUAAAUUUCCCCUUGCUCAACGCUCCAUCUUAUCAUUAAUGGAAAUAAAGUGUUAUUCUUUUUUAUUUCA